UGGUAAGCCAAUGGUACGAUGGUUAGUUUCGAUGAAUGGGCUCACCGCUCUAGGUAAACCAACCGCGGGUAUUCCGUCGAUUCAAACAAAGGUGUACCACUACACCGUAACGUGACUAGCAAAAGUGAAGAUUUCUAGAAAAUUAUGAGAAUGUUUUCGUUUGGUUCUUGUGGAAGUUUGAUGGUAUUCUUUUGAUAGUUGGCUACGAAUAAGAAAGGCUUCAAGAUGAGCAAACUAAUCAAAAUGGAUCCAGGCAUUGUGUGUUUCCAGCAUUGUGGACCCAAAGUAUUUUGUUUUUCCUUACCAGUAACUUGCCCAGUAUGUGAUGAAGAAUUGGAAAGAGCUAACUUUUCUUUGCUUCCUUUUAGAGUUCCUUACCCAUUUAUACGAGCAUCCCAGUAUCCUUGUGCUGUUGUUAUUAAACCUACAACUGGGGAUUUUUUAAAUGAUUAUUACAACUCAAUGGACCUCCACAUUGGAGUAACAACUUCAACUGGCACAAUAGUGGAAUUCGACAAACAUGGUUUGAGAAAACAUAGAUCAACUCACUGGAACCAGUGUCUUCUGUUGGACCAAGUGACUUCUCCUUGGCGUGAACACUGGGAUACCACCCUCUGGCAAGUAUGCAAGCAAAAAUGCUGGUCAGCAAAAACCUACAGCGAAGACAAUCACAAUUGCUACAGCUUCGUUUUGACUUUUCUGGUGACCUUAGCUUAUGGUAAUUUAAGUGAAGCUGCCAGAAACAGGACGUUGUUUUGUGAAAAGUUUAUUGUACCAAGGACAACUGCAGCUGGAAAAUAUAUUUCUUUGUUUAGGAAGUUGAAAGAGUAUGGGUUUUAUAUACAUAGGAAUAAGUGAUAUUUGUAUAUAAUUUGAAUGUUGCUGAAAAUGUUUAAUUAAAAAUUAUUUAUUUAUUGUGGAGUGCGUAGAUUUUUUCGGUUUUUUAGGUAAUCCAAAAAAAAUUGAAUAGAAAUACACUCGCGCUUAGGUGUAGGUGGUUAAGGCCUCCCUCAAGUUACUAAUACUUAACAUAACUAUUUUUAGAUUAAUACAUGUAGAUUUUGAACAUUAGACCAAAGUUAUUUAGUGCAUAGCUUUUAUUUUGUGUUAUUUGUUGUUCUUUUAUCAAUAAAAUAUUUUAUAAGUUGUA